AUGCCUUCUACUCGCGUACCUCGUGCUACUAUCCACCAUGUUCCUCUGGAAGUACUGGAUGAUAUCCUCGAGCAAGCGUUCCCGCCCGAGGACAAUCCUCUACGGUUCAGCCAUGUGUGCCAGCUCUGGUACAGACGUUGCCAACGCCCCACCUUGUGGACAUCCCUGUCCACCGAGCAUUCGACCGUCGCUAUGAUGGACGAAUCGAUCAUCCGCUCUGGCACGAAGCUGCUCGACGUCCGGAUAACCACAGCUCGCCGCAAUAGACGCCCGAAGAUACGCCACCUGGUGUGGAUCGCGAUGCAAUACAUUCAUCGCAUCAGGAGCCUGCAAUGCAGCGCGGUGGGGUCCGAUCUCGCGAUAGCCUGCGAAAGCAUGUCUUUCGCGACUGGCUGGGUAUUCGCGCCUCAACUACGCAAACUCGACGUCAAAGUUCGUGGCUUCAACCCCCUCCUUCACUGGCUUGGUUCUGUACUCGCGCCCGCUCUCGAGAAAGGCUACAUAUACGACGGCGGGGCCACCGCGUACAAGUUCCUUGACCUAUGGAGAGGUUCUUGCCUCCGGGUUGUCUCCCUUGAGAUCAUUCAUGGGUUCGCGAUCGAAGAGCUGCUUCAACUGCUCGGUGCAUGUCCCGGCUUGCGAAACCUGGGACUGCAUUGCGGCAAGCUCACACGAUCUGCUACAAGUCAAAUCCGCCGAACUUCGCCUGUCGCGUUGUCCAAGCUGGUCUAUCUGGCCGUGGCGAUGUCUGUCAAAGACUUGACCGACUUUCUCGACAGUUUGGACAUAGGGGCGCUGGCGCAGAUCUAUAUCAUGCCGGAGGCAGAAGAAGACGACGUACAUGGACGGGCCAUACAUCCUCAUGAAGAUCAAACUAGACGGCUCAUGUCCUCCAUCCUGCGUAUCCUCAACCCCGCCCUGUAUCGUGGUCAUUGCACCUCCAUCUCAUUGAGGGAGCGGUUGACCUUUGGUGGAACCGUGCCGUCGCCCGAACCCAACGACUAUUUUGCCGACGGUGAGAUCGCGAUGAUCGGGUUCUCCAGUUCCUUCGGCCGAGGGGAUGGUUUACUCGACUUCGCAAGGGAGAUGAUGUUUGCUGUCAUCGCCGGACAUUCAACUUUGCGGACGGUAGAUGUGUCGGUUCCUGUUUUGGAUCACGAUGGAGGCUGGAUCCUACAGCGCGAAUACCCUAUCAACGUGACUCGAGCCGCUUUUGCGGAGAGGGAGGGCAGUACUGUUGCUGCUCUCUUCUCUCCAGAGUCAUGGUCGGAUACUUGUGGUAUACCUUUACCGGCGUUGACUUUGGUCAGUCUGCGUUGCGUUUCGGAUGCACUGUCACGACCAGCCACCUUGCUAGCAAUUUCAAGUUGCCUUCGACGCUUCCGAGCCAAGGCGGGAAACAGCUUCCGAUUUGCACUCGUCGCUCAAGAGGUGCAAGGCAACCUCAUAUGGGAGGAUGGUACAUCUACCGGAUAUUGGGCGGUGGAUGCAGAGACACCCGCCACGCCGUCGAUCAUCGUUUACCAACACGACCUUGACGUACCUGCACGACCCGACUUGAGCGCCCUGAGUGUUCCCAGGGUUAACACCAGUGUGACGUGGACGAUGGAUCAGGAGGUGGAUGGAAGCUGGGAUUUUCCUACUUUCUACUAG